AGCCCCCUCCCUGCUCUUUCCAGCAGAGCCCUGAGCUGACUGAGCUGCCCAUUCUCAGUUCUCAGGCCUCUGCCUCUCCAGAUCCCAGGAUCUUCCAGGAUUUUCUCUCUAAACACUUUACAAGCUUGGAGGGGUUGGGUCCUGGGAACUCAGGGGCAGGGUUCAUCUGCUUUCUGACCUAGUGGUGUUCUCAAGGCAGAGUGGGCCAUAGCUGGGCAUGCUCUCUCACCGCCAAUGUGUUCACAGGUAGGCAGGGUCUCAGGCGGGGGAGCUCACAGGGUUAGGGCAGAAAGAAGCCAUUGUGUAUGUGUGUGGGUGUGUGUGUGUGGGGGGGGGUGACAGGUGAUGGUGUGAAAGGAAGAAAAAGAAGGAAAGAGGGGAGGGAGAAAGUGUCCAGAGAAAGAAAGGGAGGGGGAGAGAGGGAAGGAGGAAGGAAGAGAGAGGAAAAGAUAUGAGAGAAGGAGAGAAGGAGGGAAGACGCGGGAGGGAGAAAGGGGGCAGAAAGGGGGAGGGGAUGAAUGUGGGAGAAAAUGCUGAGGGAGGGAGCGGCUCUCAGAGCGAGGAGGAGCAAGCUGGGGGCGGGGACGAGGAAGUGGGUGCUAGGCGCAGGCCACCAGCUCCAUCCCUGCCCCAGCCGGUGCAAGCGCGCGGACCUCAGGACCCGUGCAGCCGGCGGCGUGCACCGCAGCAGCGCCAGGUAAGCUCCUGCCACCCCAGAGAGGGUAGCCAAUAGUCCUCGACCUUAAGCCAUCAAUGGGAGCAGACACCGGCCAUGGAGAAGGACAUAACAGCCUAUGUGUAUGAUCCCUUGCAUACAAAACUAAAGACAUCUCAAAACACAUCCACCAGUGCCUCAAUCUCCAUGAGGAACCUAGAAGGUAGAUACAUACUACAGACUUGGAAGGAGUCCGGCUUGGAAGACCAGCUGAGGACUGGAGUGUGAGCUUUUAAGGCCCUGUCUUCAUUCUUACUCAUGUCCUGUACUUCACAAGGAACAGCUUGAUCCAUUCCUAUACCAGCUUUGGGCCAGUCACUAGACCCCUCCCAGCUUUCCUUUGGGUUGGUUGGAAGACUGAAGCCUGGUGAUUGGAGCUAGAAGGAAAGUGUUCAAGGCCAGGGAGUGAGUGUAGAAGUUGCAGGGCCCCAGAAUGGAUCCCAACAGCACGAUUCAUUCCUGUUGCUUUGGCUCUAUUGUAUUGAAAGUCACCAUCAGUGUGAUCCUCACCAUCCUCAUCCUCAUCACUGUUGCUGGCAACGUGGUUGUCUGCCUGGCUGUCAGCUUGAAUCGUCGGCUCCGCAGCCUGACCAAUUGCUUCAUUGUGUCCUUGGCAGCCACUGACCUGCUCCUUGGCCUCCUGGUGCUGCCCUUCUCUGCCAUUUACCAGCUGUCUUUCAACUGGAGCUUCGGCCAGGUCUUCUGCAACAUCUACACCAGCCUGGAUGUGAUGCUCUGCACGGCCUCCAUCCUCAACCUCUUCAUGAUCAGCUUGGACCGCUACUGUGCUGUCACAGACCCACUGCGGUACCCUGUGCUGGUCACCCCAGUACGCGUUGCCAUUUCUUUGGUCUUCAUUUGGGUCAUUUCCAUCACCCUAUCUUUCCUGUCUAUUCACCUGGGGUGGAACAGCAGAAACGGGACCCAAGGGGGCAAUGACACCUUCAAGUGCAAAGUGCAGGUCAACGCGGUGUAUGGGCUGGUGGAUGGGCUGGUCACCUUCUACCUGCCUCUUCUUGUCAUGUGUGUCACCUACUACAGAAUCUUUAAGAUCGCCAGGGAGCAGGCCAAAAGGAUCAAUCUCACCAGCUCCUGGAAGGCGGCCACCAUCCGAGAACACAAAGCCACCGUGACACUAGCUGCGGUCAUGGGAGCCUUCAUCACCUGCUGGUUCCCCUACUUCACCACAUUCGUCUACCGCGGGCUGAGAGGGGAUGAUGCCAUCAACGAGGUGGUCGAAGGCAUUGUUCUGUGGCUGGGCUACGCUAACUCUGCCCUGAACCCCGUCCUGUACGCUGCCCUCAACAGAGACUUCCGCACGGCAUACCAGCAGCUCUUCCGCUGCCACAAAGCCCACAAAACUUCCCUGAGGUUGAACAACUCCCUGCUGUCCAGGAGCCAAAGUCGGGAUGGCAGAUGGCAGGAGGAGAAGCCGCUGAAGCUCCGGGUGUGGGGCCGGACAGAAAUCACACACACCCAGGGAAUCCCACCCAGGAAAACAAUGCUGCCCUGCACCACUUGCUCCAAUAACCUCCUAAGCUGCUGCAAGAGUCUGUGGGGGCUUCGCUUCCUCAAGCAACACCUAGAAAGCCCCUCAGAGGAGCAAUCAGGGGAGCCACUGUCUGAGGAGACAGAAAGGACAUCAUCACAAGAAGGAAUGGGAGCGUUGCCCUGUGAGGCUGUCUAGAUACUGCCCAGGAUACCAAGAUACUGGCCUUACCACUUGGAUCUCCUUUCUGUAGACCAAGCCCUAUGAACCACCGAGGACAAACUUCAGCCUAAGCCUGGGAGCUCACACAACACCCAGACAAGCUUCCCUAUGAGCAGACUCCAGACAGGUGCUUAGGCUCACUUAGGCUGAAUUCCUUGGGUUCAAAGCUGAUGUUGGUGCUGGCCCUAGGAGUCAUGAGCAAAGGCAGCAGGACAGAAAUGGAUACACAGGUGUGCAUGUGUGUGCUUCUGUAGAAAACACGCACACCUGUCAAGCGGGGCAAGGGCAGUUACUAUAAAGCACUGGCCUCGUUCCCUCGUGGGGCCUCAGGAUGAGCAGAAAAGAAGAGAAGGGGAUGGGGAAGAAGGAAGAGCAGAGCAAUCGCCCUCCAUGCACACCAAAUGAGGUGCCAGGUACUUUGCCGACAUGGGGUCAUAAUUUAUACAUGUAUGCUUAGGAUAGACAUCACUAUCCAGACUUUUCAGAGAUGGAAACUGAGAGUCAGGGAUGUGCCUCAGGCCACUCAGCUAGAAAACAUGCCUGGGAUAGAGGUACUGAGAAAGUACCUGGUGAAUGGGUGGAUGUGUGAGAAAAUGGAUGGAUGGAUGGAUGGAUGGAUGGAUGGAUGGAUGGGUUAUAGAUGGGUAGAUGGAUGGGUUAUGAAUGGGUAGAUGGGUUAUGGAUGGGGGAUGGAUGGAUGGAUGGAUGGAUGGAUGGAUGGAUGGAUGGUGGGUUAUGGGUGGGUCAUGGAUUGAUGAUGGAUGGGUGAAAACCCAAGCUUAUGUCCAUGCUACAGUACACUGCCACUCAGAAGAGAAGUCAAGAUAUUUCCUCAACUCAGCUAACCCUCCUCUAGCGAGCCUUAGCCCUCCACACUGAGAUUCAGCCACUGACGGUGCUUGCUAUCAACAAGAAGAGGCGUGCAGUGGGCUUGUGGGGACAACGUGUGUUUAUUGAGCCCCAGGCAAGGACAGGUGAAUGUUGGGAAAAUGCAAAGGUUGCAAAUGUGUGGGUGGACCCAGUGAUCCUCUCAUCUGCUGACAUGACCGGGGCACAUUGCCUGGCCCCUCUGGGCAGCUCUUUACUCCUCUGUAUACAUGGGUAAGCUCCCUUUCUGCAGUUAGAGAACUGUGGAAGAAACUCAAUGAGAUGGAGUUAGUGACAGCUCCAGAGAGAUGAGGGUGUCUACGCUUCUCUCCCCCAGGUCUUCUCAAUGGUGUUGCCCUUCCUUAACUUCAACCCUCUCCUGCCCCCAACCAUGCCUCGUUUUCGGCCCUCUUUGUGACUUGUCCUCCACACAGCCAUUAGAUGUGACCAUUCCCUGGGGCUCAGUGCUGAGACUUCUCAUUCUGGCUCUCCCUUUGGGACCUCAUCUACAUUCAUGAUCUUAUUCACAAGACAUAAGAUUAUUUACUGAUUUACAGCUGUAGGCAAGGUAUCAGGCCAUGGUUCACCUCCACCUGGAUGUUUUAUCUUUAACAUGGCCACAACUACACUCUCACCUGGUUCCCUAAAGACCCCCUUCUCAAGCAAAGGACACAUUCUGGGCUUCAAAAGCCAAGGUCAGUCUCAACCCCUCCUUUUACCUUGAUUUUUCAUGGCAGAACGCUAGAGUCUUAGCCCCCAGGCAUAUCCACCGUCCAACUGGUAACCUUCACCUUUCCCUUUCAGCUGAACCUGUUGCUGUAGUCUCCAUCAAGACACUGGAAGAACUACACAGAUGGCUUUCCCGCACUACCCCGCCCCCGCCCCGCUCCACUUCCUCCAGUCAGCUCUCCACAGGACAGCCUUGGUGGGCUGUGGAAAUGCAUGCCCUACCAUGUCACAUACAGGACAGACCACUCUUCAGGCUGUCCUGCUGACUUGGCCUUGUCGGCUUCCAUGUCCCCUCAGCUUCUCCCUAUGCCCCAGCCUUCUCUCACUUCCGCCCCUGUUUGUCUUAUUGUUUUUAUUUAGAUCUACUAUUUCUAGCAACCAAGGCAUUCAGAGUGUUCUUUCCAUGACCUAAAAUGCUCUUUUGUCUUCUGGACAAGUUGAGACCAUGAGGUCUCAGCUGAAACACCAUCUCCUUGAGAAUUUCUUCCUUGUCUCUUCUAACUCAUGCUACACCAGGCCCUUGCCACACAUCAUGGAACUUUCUGUAGAGGCCACUGGAGUGGUUGUAAUGUAGCAGUUGGCUGUGGAUUCUUGGACCGCAUCUGCCUUCCCUACACAUGAGUUCCUUCUGUUGACCUUUGCCUGUUUGACCCCUGGAAAAGUGUUUAUACAUAGUAGAAGCUUAGUGAAAAAUUGUGAAGUGAAUGUGCAAAGAAUGGUCCACACACUAAUAUUUUAAGAGCUAGCCUGCCAGUAAACUUCAAGGCAUCAUUUGGUAUGAUGACCCCAAAGACAACCAUUGGGUCUCUUUGUCAAAUUCCCUCUGAAAGCCCGAGAAACCCAUUUAGAUGUCUUCUCAGGGGCCUAUGGCAGGUGAGUCUCCUAAGUCACGGCCAACUAACUAAUGGCACAAGAUCUUUGGUGCAAAUGGACCUGCCUGUUCAGAGAGGCAGCCAAUCAGGGCUCAAGACCACAGUGCCCAGAGACAGCCUGAUGCUUCAGAGGAUUCCUGCAAAUGUGACUUUCUGGAGCUUUUCAUGGCAGCACAAACAGGAGUGUGUAAGGCCUGGGGGAGGAACAGCUGAGGUGGAGCUACAAAUCCAUGCUCUGUGUUACCACGUUCCAAUAAAGCUAUCAAAAUGCUG